GCCUGCCCAAACACAUAGCAACAGAGAAAGAUUUGGGAAAUGAGCGAAGGGUUAAAGAGGGACUACGAGGUUUGUGACGAGAUCGGCCGGGGAAGAUUCGGUACCGUCUUCCGGUGCUUUUCUCCUGAAUCCGGUGAGUUUUACGCCUGUAAAUCGAUCGAUAAGCGUGUCCUCACCGACUCCGUCGAUCGAGAAUGUAUAGAGAAGGAAGCCAAGAUCAUGCAACUCCUCGGCGGCAACCCUAAUGUCGUUCAGGUAAUCGAUGUUUACGAGGAUGAAGACUAUCUCGAUAUCGUCAUGGAGCUUUGUGAUUCUUCCGAUCUUUACGAUCGUGUCACUAAGCGGACUUUCUCUGAUGUCGAAGCUGCUGCUGUUAUGUCUCCGUUGAUGGAGGCGAUCGCUCAUUGUCACCGGAGAGGCGUUGCGCAUCGCGACAUUAAGCCUGAUAAUAUACUAUUUGAUUGUCGGAACAGGCUGAAGUUGGCUGAUUUUGGUUCUGCUGAUUUGUUUCACGACGGUAGAUCGAUGAGGGGGAUUGUUGGGACGCCUUACUAUGUUGCUCCUGAGGUGCUUUCUGGGAGAGAUUACAACGAGAAGUUGGAUGUUUGGAGUGCAGGUGUUAUUUUGUACAUAAUGUUGGCUGGAAUCCCUCCUUUUUACGGGGAUUCUGCGGCUGAGAUCUUUGAGGCGGUGCUUCGUGGGAAUCUCCGGUUUCCUACUCGGAUCUUUUACUCUGUGUCGCUUGCGGCAAAGGAUCUUCUGCGAAAGAUGCUUUGCAAGGACGUUUCGAAGAGAUUUACAGCCGAGCAAGUACUCAGUCAUCCGUGGAUUACAAGCGGAGGAGAAGCUAGUUCGAUGACUGAUAUGGCUUGAGAGAUUAUAAGGAAGAAAGUAGCUUAGUACUGUCACUGUUCAGGUUCACUACUAGUAGUACUACUGUAUAGGGGGCUACUCUACUGUGCAUAUAUGCCGUGUGUGCCUCGUAGGUUCUCCGGUUCGUAUCUGGAAGUUUGUAGGUGGUUCCAGACGCCGGUGUUUUUGGCUUUUGGAAGCACAAGGAUAGUGAAGACUGAUACUACUCUGGCAGGAGGAGGAGGAGGAGGAGGAGGAGGAGGAGGCAUCCCUUUCUUGUUUUGCUUUUUUUCUGUUUUAUCAGUUUCCUUCUUUUGUGGUGCGUUUUAUGGAAUAGUAAAGUAGUUUUGUUCUGUUCUCGAAGACAGGUCGAGAUUGUAGAGAGAUGUAAGCAAAGUCUGUAAUGAAUCCCGCCCUCAUAGUAAGAGGGGCGACGAAGAAUAGAAUUUGGAAUCUCUUCUCUA